UUUCAGAGGUCUACGCCGAAGUUCAAAUUCCGGUACACAGAAAGAUCAUUAUCUAAUCUCACAGUUUGAGAAUAAUAUAUUAGAUAAACAUUUAGCGGACGCCAGUCAGUUGUUCUUGUGCACAAGUGAGGAAAGUUGCUUUUGUUAAUUGGUGUAAUUGCGUGAAAGAUGGAGGUAGAGCAAUUGUGUCUUAAGGAGCCCCAGUGGAUACUGGACAGGAAGGAUUCCGGUCCUCUCUUUUGGAGAAGAGACUCGUCGGAAACUGCCAGAGUAAAAUUCCGCUACGAAGUUGAUAUCAAAGAGUUCCAAAGAGGUGAACACGAAUUCGAGGAACAGUUUUGGCCAGAACCAGACUCUCCAGUAAUAUCCACCAGCAUGAGUGUUAUGUUCUGCAUUACGGUAACAGUCAUCCUACCAUGGCUGUUGUUUGCACAGAAAGGUUUCUAACCAAGGUUAGAUUGAGAGAUGAGUUAAAUCGACGAUAUUAGAAGAAGAGAUGAAUUUCACGUCAGCCAAUGACAGGGAGUGCGGGAAUUACCAAUAACUUUGGAGAAGUAUAGUAAACAUUUAUGUUUACAGUCAAGCCACAUAUACUGCUCCUUGACUCUUGUAGUAUUACCCAGAUGUCCCGUAAAAGCCUUUUUACAUAUAUUUAAUUACUUCGUGAUUGUACUUAGACCAAAGAAAAUAUACAUAAGGCACGUCUAUCAAUUUUGUCUUUGUAUAAAAAAUUUUGCGAAAAAGCAAAAAUACGAGUACUAGACCUGUACCUUUAAUAAUAACAAUUGAGAAUAUAAAAAAAAUUGUAAUAAUUUUGAGAGUUACAGGUUACCUCAAAUAGUUAACAAUGAACCUAACUUGAAAAUAACUAAAAAAUAUUUUAAGCAUUUUAAAGAUUCUAUGUUUGUGCUGUAUAUUAAUAUAUCAAUGACUGAUUUAAUUUUAUUUAAUUUUCAGUUUUAAUAUUUAAAAAUUUUAAAAUUUUAAAAUUUAGAAAUUUAGAAAUUUAAAAAUUUUAAAAUUUUAAAAUUUUGAAAUUUUAAAAUUUUGAAAUUUUAAAAUUUUGAAAUUUUGAAAUUUUGAAAUUUUAAAAUUUUGAAAUUUUGAAAUUUUGAAAUUUUGAAAUUUUGAAAUUUUGAAAUUUUGAAAUUUCAAAUUUUUAACUUUUGAAAUUUUGAUAACUUGAAAUUUUGUUUGACACUUUUGAAUUUUGAAAUUUUUGAAUUUUGGUAUUUUGAAAUUGUUAAUUUUCUUUCUUUGCCUAGGAUUUGAAAGAUAAAUAAGUUUUUUACAUAAGAUAACAGGGUAUUUACCGAACAUUUAAAAACAAUAUUAAUAAAUAGAGACAAAAAAUCUUCUUUCUACUCUAAUGCUAAGAAUCUUUGAUUUAAAUAUGGAUCGAACUUUUACUUUAUAAGAUAGGUUUAGUGCGACCCCUACUAGGUAUUUUAUUGUGAUGAAUUAGUACAUCAUAUUGAUGCUUGUGAUAAUAGAUGUUAGGUUUAUAUUAAUAUAUAUUUUUUUGUUUUCGGUUGAGGACUAGCUUGUAGUGUAUAACGCAUUGUACUCAUGAUUGAUGUUUUAGAAUAUAAUGAAUAUAACUUUUACAUUCGUAUUUUAGAAUUUUAGGUUUCAAUGUCGUCAUGAAUUGGGAAGUAGAAAUCCGUAACUUGGGUGUAACCCCGUUUAUAAUUUAAGUGUCAUUUAUAUCACAAUCCUAUCAAGAUUCACUAUUUGCACAUUAGGCAUUUAUUUUCUUCUUAAAACGAUUUUCAAUACAGUUGUGCCAACGUGUCUUUGCACAUGAAUAAAAUUACUGACGUAGUAUCCCAAAAUUAAGCCGUCUAUCCAUAAAAACUACAACAAGGAUAAGCGAUAUGGUAGGGGAGCCAAGUAUGCUAAAUGUGCAGUUACUAGAGCGUUAUCGGGACCUAUUCGGUUGUGAAGAGUAGGUCCUAAAACCAAAAAAAUUAAGUAGAGUUUUCCAUUUUAGUGGGGACUUUCCAUUUUUAAUUUAAUUUUCAAUCGUUGGAAUUAUAGCGCCAUCUAUCCAUAAUUCGAAAAAAUGUCUCGAAUAAAAGUUACUUAUUUUUACGUAACGAAUCCAAAUCUGCAAUAAAAAUGGGAGCUCCUAUUUAAGAUUUUAAAGUAACCCCCCACCCCACCUCCGUGGGGUCGUGUUUGGUGCCAUUCGAUAGAUUUUUCGAAAAUAUUAAAUACGUGUAUUUUUCAGUUUUUCGAUCUGAUGUUAAUUUCGCAAAAUAUCGCGGGAUUAGUAUUUAAAAUUUUAAAUUUACCCGCACCCCUCUCCCUGGAAAGUCGUGUAUGGUAUCAUUCGAUAGAUUUUUGAAAAAUAUUGAGAACGUAUUUUUUAGUUUUUCCAUGUCAUUCAUUUCGCGAAAUAUUCGCUUUUUUUUUUGUGAAACUUUGGGACUCACCCAUUCCCUUACGCCCCGCUCAAAUCGUCAGAUUUUUUUAAAUAUACACUGUUUUGCAUGUACUUAACUUACCUUAUCUUAAUCUGACGAUUUCGAGUUUUCCUAAGGAUAGAUUUUUUUCGGCCCCCUUUAACGAACUCCGCUGCAUUAAGAGCCAAUAUAUGGUAGAGGUACAUUUUCAGGGUACAAGGUUUCUCCUCAUGUAAUAAUCUGACUCGCUCGAGUAACUGCAAAAAUCUCCACUUGGGCUCCCCUACCAAUACGGCAUAUCUUUGAUACAUUAUUUACUAAGAAUUUUGACGCUUAUCAUUUUGUGUGACAUUGGCGUAUUUGUACAUUUCAUUGUAAUUUUUAUUCUCAAAAAUAAUUGUUAGAACGACUAACUGUUGCUCUCUUACUUGAUUAUUUCCGGUAAUUAUUUAUUGUUAAUGAGACCAGUAAUAUUUUAAAACAUACAAAUUGUCGUUAUACUACAUGAGUCUGGCUAUAGUUAUAUCGAACGGAAGCUUAUUUGCUUAUGUUCGAGAUUACUGUUUAACUUUUUGUUUUUGUUUAUUUAUUACCGUUCUAUAUUUAUAUUUAUGUUAUUAAUAGUCGGUAUGAUGUUCAAGCUGUUUAAUGUUGCUGUAAUCAAUCUCCUCAAUACUGGAAAGACUUCAAUAAAAUUUACAUUUUUAAACUUUAUAAAAUACGUCCACCGCGAUAAUAGCUAUUUCCUAAUAAUAACAUUGACAGUACAUGCUGCCGUACGUUUCACUUAAUAUUUUGAUUUAUUAUCAAUAUAAGUCAAUCAUUACGUUUGCGCAAACAUCCCUUGGAACAACUGUAUGUAUCUAACCGUAGGCAGAUAUUAGAUUAGAUUAGAUUAGAUUAUGUGAGGUCGUUAAGGCUAUGGAGCCUCUCAGCACUUCGACCUAUAGAGAUCUUUUGUGCAUACCUUAAUCUAGUUAAACUCUAGGAUGCCAAUACUUUUGAUGAAAUUGAUUAGCAUCCUAGGUGACUUGUUUCCUAUGUCAGAGGGCGUUAGGGUGACCUCUUCUAGGAAUUUUAGUCGUGUGCAGAACAACGCUACGCAAUUGCAUAGGAUGUGUUCUGCCGUUUCUUUUUCAUUGUCACAGAAACGACAGUUCUCACUAUCGGAUUUGCCCAUUUUUUUGAGAUGAUAUCUCAGAGGGCAGUGCCCAGUGAGAAGGCCAGUGACCAUUUUUAUAUCUUUUUUACUCAUUUCGAGAAGGCGGUGUGUUGCACUAGGCGACACCUUUAUGAGCCUUUUUGCUUGCCUUUGUCCUGGUGUGUUGGACCAGUAUAAUUUUAGUUGAUUGAGUUCCCAGGUCCGGAGUUCCUCUCUGAUGUGGCUUUUUGGUAGUCCACAGAAGGGUUCUGGACCUUGGAAUGGGGUGUUGGCCCCUUCUUUUGCGAGGCUAUCAGCUUCCUCAUUAGGCAGAUAUUAAAAUCGAUUGACUUAUUUCACUGAUUGGCUGUGUAUUCACCCACCUCAUUGUCCUAAAAGAGCCCUCUGCAUUUCUACUAGAAAAUGAUAAUUUUUUUGUGAUUUGCAAUAUACUAAAAUUCUUCUCAAACUACUUGUUGAUCUUCUUACACAAUGUUCUCAGUUUUCAGAUAAUACUUUAAAAUCUUUACCUCAACCUGGAUAUAAUCUGUAUCUCUACAUACUUACUUACUGCUCAUAUUUUUUUACGAAAAUGUUAUCAUCUAAAAUCAGUUUUACCAAACUUGUGUGUAAUCUUUUUCGCAUUUAGUAUUUUUAGCGUUGCCUUUUCCAACAAUUGAAUUCACAAAAUUCGUCAUCAUAAUGGUAUCAUUUAAUUCACUUUGAUAAUCACAAUAGUGUUGCAGCAACAUCAUGUUCUUUGGCAAAGCUUUUCAUAUAUUUCCAUGACUUGAGAGAAUAUAAUAUGCACCUUAUACUUUUAUGCUCUAUAAUCUAUAACUUUUGAUUUAUGAUUUUGCUACUAGAUUAUGACUGGGUGUAUAUAUGUAUAUCAGAUAAAUAUGAAAACAAUUGUACGGAACAUAAAAUUCAAUACAAAAUCUAUCAAGCUAAUCCUUAACUAAUUUUAACCCAUGAUUAGAAUGUAGAUAGAUAAGAAUUUUAUACAUGUUGAUUGUAUCAGUCCUAUUUAUGUUAUUUAUUGUGAAAAUAAAAAUAUUGAAAACAA